ACGAGCUCGUGUGCGCGGCCUGUUGUGACUUGUGAGCGCGUGGCCGUCGUCCGGACCGUUUUGCUGUUGGUGUAGUACUAGUUUGCGUUAAAGUCAAUAGCGAUCGUGCUUAUAGUUAGGCGCCACAGCGAAAAAGGGUUAUUUUUAAAAUUAUUUCGUUAUUUUUUCGGGUUAGAGGUGUCGUCACCGAGUACUGUGAUCUAGACAGGAUACGAGAUUUUCGUACGCAUUUUGACCACCCGCCUACCGACCGCCGUACACACCCUCCUUUAAGAUUUUCGUAAAUUUUCAACUGGAGGCGCUUUUCCAGUUUACUACCAUCGAAUUUUUCCCUCAGACAUGGCCACCACAUCCUCGGACGCUUGGUCGACGUCUCCGACUAGUCAAAAACACGCAGAGGCUGACAUCGAAGAACCUUCGACUUGUGAAUCACCAGAACCGAUGUCUUGUUACUUACACCACGAUCCUGACCAUCCUAUGUCUUCCUUUUCCGUUAUCAACAAGAUGCGAGUCAACAUCCAGCUUUGUGACGUUUCCCUUCGAGUCGGCAAUAGCGUAACAAAAGCUCACAGAUUGGUGUUAGCCUCCUCCAGUCCUUAUUUUUACGCAAUGUUCAACGACGACAUGGCUGAAAAAUUACAAUCUGAAGUCGAACUACACGACGUAGACUUGGGUGCUCUACAACUUCUAAUUGAAUAUUCAUAUACUGGCCAAGUACACAUAACAGACGAAAAUGUUCAGGUACUUUUACCCGCGUCUUCAUUGCUCCAGAUAAACUCUGUUCGAGACGCAUGCUGUACGUUCCUGAUGAAACAGUUACACCCGACUAAUUGUUUGGGUAUCAGACAAUUUGCCGAGACGCAUUCGUGCAACGAACUGAGGACCCGGUCACAUCGCUAUGCAUUGCAAAAUUUCGAAGAAGUGGUGAAAACUGAAGAAUUUCUUUUUUUAUCGUUCUCCGAGGUCGAAGAUUUAGUAUCUAACGACAAACUGAACGUUGUGUCCGAAGAGCAAGUUUUCGUGGCUGUCAUAGAUUGGAUCAAACACAAUCCCUCCGAACGAUCGCAAUACAUCGCCCAGCUUUUGGGACACGUGCGACUAGCCCAAAUGUCAAAGAUGUUCCUAUUGAACGUAGUCGAAACGGAACCGUUGGUGCGCAGUGAGCCUAGUUGCAAGGACUUGUUGUUGGGCGCCAUGAAAUAUCAUUUGUUGCCGGACCAGAGAUCUGAUUUCGCUAGUAAACAGACCGAACAGCGGAGCCCGGACGGACUGAUGCCGUACAUAUUCGCCAUUGGAGGUGGAAGCUUGUUCACUAUACACAGCGCUGGUGAGUGCUAUAACCCUAGACACGACCGUUGGCUACCGAUCGCGCCCAUGUCCAAGUGCCGAAGUCGCGCGGGUAUCGUGUCACUGGGCAAAUUGAUCUACGCUAUUGGAGGAUACGAUGGCAUAGUGGACCUUUCUUCGGCCGAGUGCUACGACCCAAACUGCAACAAGUGGUCGGCGGUCACGUCAUUAGGCACGAAGAGGAGUUGUUUAGGAAUUAGCGCUAAUCACGGGUUGCUGUACGUUUGCGGCGGUUUUGAUGGUGCAUCCUGUCUGAGCAGUGUGGAACGAUACGACCCACUGACCGGCGUUUGGUCGUCAUGUCCUAGCAUGACCACUCGUCGGCGGUACUGCCGCGUAUCCGUCGUCGACAACUGUCUGUACGCUUUGGGAGGCUUUGACUCCACCAACUAUCAGUCAACAGUGGAGAGGUACGAUCCGAGAAUGAGCAAGUGGAUGACCGUGCCGGCCAUGAGCAGCAGACGUAGCAGCUGCGCUGUAGCCACGUUGGACGAUAUGCUCUAUUGCGUAGGUGGCAACGACGGGACAAUGUGCAUGUCAAGCGGCGAACGAUUGAACGUCAGGCGAAAUGCUUGGGAGCCCAUAGCUACUAUGCAGUGUCGCAGAGCCACCCACGACAUGGUCGAACUGGACGGCGGGCUGCUGGUGCUCGGCGGCAACGACAGCAAUUCGAGCCUGCACUCGACCGAGCGGUACGAUCCCCGAAUCAACAGGUGGACAAUGUCGACGCCGAUGCCGACGCGCCGGAGCUCGGUGGGCGCCGCUCUCCUGUACUGCUUCAACAUGGACGGCAAGCUGACGACGGCCGCCACCGUCGGGACCGCGGCCUCCCUGAGCGGAAGCGUUUCGAUGAUGACCGCCAGUUCCGGCACGGCGUCCGUCACCAGUUCGCCGUACAAGUCCACGGCCACGUCCGUAUGAUUGCCGUGGUCGACCACCAGCGGUUGGCGGUCGAACAACGACAACGAUUCCGAACGUUCUCACUCGUUGCCAAACUAACUAGCCGACGCGUACCUACGCGGGGGGAGGGGAGGGGGGGAACACCAAAAACGACGGCUCUCCUCCGUCCGUCGUCUGACAGCAGUUUACACGGCGAAAACGUUGCAUGUUUCCCAAACGAAUUAUAUCCCCACGGCGCAGUCGUACGAUAGAUAUCAAUUCUUAUUAUUAACUCGCGAACGACGACCACUUAGUCGGUGUACCCAUUCGCCAGAGACGUAUUUACGAUUUUGGUGACCUAGGUGCAAAAAUAUAUUGGCGUCUUUUUUUCCCCUAAAAAAAAAUUGUCGGAGAGGGGGCUGAUCAAUUUUUACACAUCGGCGGUUUACCAAAAAAAAAAAAGAUCAGAUAAAAAAAGUUUAGCUCAAUAUCUUAUUUUUUCUUGAUAAUAUUUUUUCAUCGCAGCGCCCCCUUUACAAUUUGGCGCCCGGGGGAAAUUGCCUCUCUUCACCCCCGCCAAUCGUAUUUUCUUAGUUCCACUUAUUCUCUCUCUCUCUUUCUAUAAAUAUAUAUAUAUAUAUAUUAUAUUUGCUAGCUGUCGAUGUUUUCAACGAUCGUGUUUGACAUUCUAUUGGUCUAUCAAUCGGUAUGACUGGAUCAAAAGCCACACAGUUUAUCGCUCGUUCGCUUUUAAACAAUUAUCAACUUAUUAGACAUGAUACUAAAAAUGCAUUAAUAUAACCUAUUUACGUUAAAAAAAUCUAUUUUGGACGGACAGUCAAAUAACCGUUCCGUUGCGGGGGGGGGGGGCAAAAUGCUCAUCCAAUGUAAAUUACGCAUACGAUUUUUUUUAACGCCGUACCUAUUAUAAAUACCUACUUAAUGUUGAUUUUUAUUGGUUCCUAAUUAAUUUACCAUUUAUUAUUAUUAUUAUUAUUAUUAUUAUUUAAGCACAUUUUUAUACUAUACAUAUACCAGCAGAUUUAACGUGUGUCCUUUUAUAAAUAUUAUUAUUUAUACAUAUAUAAAUACUUAGCUUGUCGAUACGUU